UAUGUUAGUUGCGUGGUUUUUAAUUUUAAUAUUCCUGGCAAAGCUUCAAUGGCGAGAAGGAUCGAUUCUUAGAGAAGAUUUUAUGCUUCAACAUUAUACUUCACAUAGUCCUUCCAGUCCUAAAGCUCCUAAAGCUUCAACUACAAACAAUCAAGCUUCGAAUAAAAGAUCUAGUGCUAGCUUGGAUUUUGUUCCACUACAUGUAACAGCACCAUCUGGUAGCACAAGCACACUAAAGGCUUGCCCAUUGCAUGGAGAGGGAGCUACUUUUAUAUUUAAUUCCGAAUUAGCUGACUAUUUAGUUGAAGAUACUUCAAUACACCCCUACGAGUUGGGAAGAAGGAGAAUUUCAACAAAUCUACCUGUGUUAAACGAGGUAACAUCAGAGGGAGCCACCGAACAGGCUUCAGAUAAUGGAAGUCAAAAAGGUGGAGAUUCGAGUGCACCUCAUAGCAUUCUAGAAUUAGCUGGACCGAGCUCGUCGGGAAGAAAUAGCUGUACGAGCGACAGUUCAAAUAAAAGAAGAAAGAGUUCCGGAACAGUAAAAGCUUUUAUGGUAGAAAAGAGAUCUCCUGUAAAAAAACGAGCUUCUGUACCAGCAGCUAUUCUAGCUGAAACUGUUGAAGGUGGAUUAAGUAAAGGCAUACAAUCUGCGGACGACUCGGGAAAUGAGAAAAUUAAAAGAUCUUACAGCGAUGAUUUUACAGCGGUUUCAAAUGAUACUAUGAAAAUGCUUUUAAUGAAGAAAGCUAUGGGUUAUAAAGACGAUGGUUUGACUGAGUUAACAUCAAAUUCAGCAAGAACUCAUAAAACAUCAACAUCUUCCGGAAAAAAGAGUGAAUUUAUAACAGUUCUAGAGCCAACAAUAGAAAGUGAGCAAAUUAAUAUGUCUGAAACUGAAAUGUAG